CGGAGGCACGUUAUCUCAUCCGGUGUCACUGGCACCGGGUAAAAUACGUGUUUCCCUUAUACAUACUCCAGAUUUUUGGGCUGGACACCGGUUACUUUUCGACCUGGACACCGGCCAGCCCAGCAAUACACAAGCCAGGCAGAGGCAGUGCAGCCCAUCUACGGUUACUCGUCCGCUCGGCUUCUGCGCCUCAACCCUCGCAGCGUCGCCCGUGCUCGCCCCUUCCACUUCUCUGUCGCGCGGCCAGCCGCCGGUCCGCCCAGUGACCCCAGUCGCCGUUUUUCAAGCAUCGCAAGCCGGCCGCCUCUACCCUCGCCCACUCAGGGAUAGUUGGAAACAGGUUGGAAAUUUGAGGUAUUUGGUAAUUGCCGAUCUCUCUGAAAUCUGAAAUCUCUGAAAUUUAAAGCUAUUUCAAUUGGGAACAAUUCGCUGCGAUUCAUAGCUAACCAAGGGAGGAUUAUUUCUGCGAAAGCAGCGAGGUACAAUGUCAAGUAAGUUUAACUCCCUAAUCGUAUUUGUAUCAUCCAAUCAAUACAUUUUGUUUAUUGUUUCUAUUCUUGCAUGCGCAAACACAAAUAAUGUAACUCUGUACAUUUUUGCUAACACAAUAAUAAUAAAUCACAGGAGAAUUUAUGAAAAGGUUUCUUAAAAAAAAGAAGACAUCAACACAAGAUGAUAUAGCUAGCCCAUCACAUGAACCGGAUGAUCCUCCAGCUCAGCCACAUGAACCGGAUGACGCUCCAUUACAGGAACAAAAUGAUGCCUUGACACAUGAAGGUCCAGCCCCUCAUAUGUGGAAUUUGUCUCAAGCUCUAGAAGAAAUCAAUUGGGAAGAGGGAAUUCAGUCUGAUCCUGGCAAAAGGAGAAGCAUAGAUGAGUAUCCUCCUAAUCUAAGGGAUGUGGUAAGAAGAAAAUAUUUGGCUAAGCCUCUUUGUCAACCUCGUAGUUAUAAUUUUAAAACUACAACUAUUGGUGGUCGAGAGAGAAAGUUUAAUCCUGAUUGGUUUGAUGAGUUUGGGAGCUGGCUUGAGUAUAGUGAGUACAAAGAAAAAGCGUAUUGCUUCUGUUGUUUCUUAUUCAGGCGCCGUGAUAAGAAAGAAGCUGGAUAUGCAGCAUUUGUUGCAAAGGGUUGGUCAGGCUGGAACAAAAAACAUAGACUAAAUGAUCAUGUCAGAGAUGUCAACAGUGUUCACAACCAAGCAAAAAGAGAUUGUGAUGCUUUAUUGCAACAAGACCAGCACAUUUAUGUUGCUUUCAAUAAUCAAAGCAAUGCUGCGAAGAAGGCGCAUUAUACUAGACUAAAUGCCUCAAUUGAUGUUACUAGAGUUCUAUUGCAGCAAGGGUUACCUUUUCGCGGCCAUGACGAGUCAGAGGAGUCCUUUAAUAAAGGAAAUUUUAAGGAAUUUUAUGCUUAUACAGCACAGCAAAAUCCAGAACUACGCAAGGUUGCAGGCCCUAAUGCUCCAGGUAAUAAUAAGUUGACUUCUUCAAUGAUCCAGAAGGACAUAGCUGAAUGUUUUGCAAAGCAAAUAUUGCAUUCUAUUCUAGAAGAAAUUGGAGAUGGUGUAUUUUCUUUGCUAGUUGAUGAAUCAAGGGAUGUGGCUGGUAAAGAACAGAUGGCUGUGGUCUUGAGAUAUGCUGGUAAAUGCGGAAGUGCGAAAGAGAGUUUAGUUGGCCUUGUUCAUGUGAAGGAGACAACUUCAAAGUACCUCAAGUCUGCUAUUGAUGAUUUAUUUGCAGAACUUAGCUUAAGUCUCAAGUAGGUUAGGGGCCAAGGAUACGAUGGCGCGAGCAACAUGCGAGGUGAGUUUAAUGGUUUGCAAUCUUUAAUCAUGAGGGAGAACAACACAGCAUAUUACGUUCAUUGUUUUGCACACCAAUUGCAAUUAGUUGUUGUGGCCGUUGUAAGGAAGCACAAAUGGAUUGGAAACUUUUUUGAUAUGAUCUCUGUAUUGCUGAAUGUGGUUUCUGGAUCUUCAAAGAGAAAAGACAUGAUUCGAGACAAAUAUAAAGAACAAGUGCGUGGAGCCUUAGGUUGUGGUGUACUUCAAAGUGGGACGGGAUUAAAUCAAGAGCUAGCCCUUCAAAGACCCGGAGACACUCGAUGGAGUUCACACCAGAGGACUCUGAAGAGUUUGAUUGAUUUGUUCCCUACAGUUAUUAAAGUGCUAGAAUAUGUGGAAGAACAGGACAGGGAUGACACAAACAGAAGGCAAGCAUGUGGUCUCCUUGUUUAUUUCCAAUCAUUUGAUUUUGUGUUCUACCUGCAGCUUAUGUCCACUAUAUUGGCUAUCACAAACACAUUAUCAAUGGCUCUACAAAGGAAGAAUCAAGACAUCGUAAAUGCUGUACAUUGUGUGCAGUCAACCAAAGACACAUUGAAUAAUUGAAGGAGGAAUGGAUGGGAAUCAGUCUUGGGUGAAGCUUAUGCUUUUUGUGACAAACAUGAGAUUUCCAAGUUGGAGAUGGAAGAGCAAUAUGUCAAUCCAAAGAAGCCACGUCAAAAAACAGGUAUCACUAAUAAGCAUCAUUACGAAGUGGAUUGUUUCAAUGAUGUUAUUGAUUGGCUGCUUCAAGAACUUGACAACCGAUUUAAUGAGAAAAAUUCUAAGCUACUAAUAUGCUUAGCUGCUUUGAGCCCAAAAGAAUCAUUCAAAAAUUUCAAUUUAGAGCAUUUGAUGGAUCUAGCUAGACUUUAUCCGAAAGAUUUUGAUGAUGGAGAAUUGAGGGACCUUACACAUCACCUCCGUCUUUACAUUGCCGAUGUUCGAGUAGAUGAAUGCUUCUCUGGCAUAAAUAAUAUUUGUGAGCUCUCUCAAAAAAUGGUGGAGACCAAGAAACAUAUUGUGUAUCCUUUGGUUUAUCGGCUUGUGAAUCUAGCACUUGUAUUGCCUGUUGCCACUGCUACAGUUGAGAGAUGUUUUUCAGGCAUGAAAAUUGUGAAGACAUUUUUGCGCAAUCGUCUUGGUGAUGAUGCAUUGAAUCACAACCUUAUUUGCUAUGUACAGAAGGAAGAAAUGAGAAAAGUUACCAAUGAUGCAGUCAUUGAUCGCUUUGAGGUCAUGAAUGAACGUAGAGGGCUAUUUUAAAAAGUAAUGAUCUUGAUUUUAUGAAUCAUUGCAGAAGUCUAGUUAAUAUGUACUAAGUGUAUUUUAUUUUAUUUUGUAGGCAUCCAGGAUCUAUUGGCCUAUGUCGUGAUCUGACCACAUUUUGUUUUCAUUGUUUCGAGUUCUUAUGCUUAAUUCUUUAAAUUUACGUAAUCAACUAGUAUUUCAAGUGGAUGUGAAACAAUUUAUUUUGGUAAGAGAUCUCGUUGCAUUAUAAUUUGUGUUGUUGGGUGUGCUCUUUUAUAUAUAUUAUUGCUUGUUGUCCAUCCUUGUAUAUAUGAUGUGUACGUGGACACCGGUACAUUUUUGUUCUGGAU